AAACUGACUAGUUUUCUCUAACCUUCGAUAAUUAUACUCUCUCAACGCGAUUCGGCAGAACUUUGCUCUCUGCUUGUUUGCUUGAUUUCUCCAUCGGAGUAUAUUUGAAGGAAGAAAAAUGUUUUAUUCGCAGACUCAUUUGGCUCGAAAGGGUCCAUUGGGCACGGUAUGGUGCGCUGCUCACUUGCAACAUCGCCUCAAGAAGUCUCACUACACUGCCACUAACAUCCCCAAAACAGUUGAUCUUAUAAUGUUUCCAGAGGUACCACUGGCAUUGAGAUUGUCAGGCGUCCUUCUACUUGGGGUUGUGCGAAUAUAUUCAAAGCAAGUAGAUUAUCUUUUCCGUGACUGUAAUCUCUUUAGCACUUGGUUAGCUAAGGCUUUCCUCUCCACUCAAGUUGACUUGCCUGAGGAUGCGAGGCAGGCGCCGGUUGAGUCAGUGACUUUGCCUCAAGCACUAAACCUAGACGACUUCGACUUGGAGGAUUACAGACUUGAGGGGGAAUUUGAUAAUCAUCUUCGGAGUGAGGAAGAAAUCACCCUCACAGGUCAAAUUCCUACUGGAAUUGAUCCUUAUGUUGCUAUAACAUUCGAUGAGGACAUCAUUCCACAAUCUAGCCCGAUGGAUGUUGACCAAUCCACAGUACCUGCGAGUGCGCUUCCUGGAGAUACUGAUGUUGAAAUGGCUUAUGAGGCAGAACCAAACAAUGAGCCAGGAGACAUCAAUGUUGGUCUAGACACUGGAACCUAUGGUCCUCGUAACGACACAGAGGAAAUCCCUGAGUUCCAGGAUCCUAGACCAAGUAACUUGACAGAAGCGCUCAAUGCCAGUCCGGAGAGAGGCAAUGCCAUUUCUCCUGGAAGUGUUCCCGAGAUUGAGAUAAGACGUGAUGCUGCGCAUGAUUUAAGCCCUGCGUCCCAUCCACCAUUUGCUGCAGAACAACAGACUGAACCUUUAGAUGAAACUUUGAAUGAGAAGGAAACCACUAUGCCUAAUAUUGAUGAAGAAGUGUUGGAUUCUAGAGGACAUACGACGUUUGAGCUUCGCUCAGGAUCUCCAGGUUUUGCUGGUUCGGAGGAAGAACGUGAAAGUUUUUUGCAUCCAUCACCUCAACUGGCUCUUCAGCCAACUCCUCCUCCCCAACCACAAUCAAGGCCAAGGAAGAGGAAGUAUUUUGAUAAAGUCACAGUUUUAACCAACAGGAACAUGAGAGCAAGGCUUGAGGAUCCUAGUGAUACUCUUCGUAAGAGAAAGAAGAUGCCUUUAUCUAAUUUGAAUAUCUGGAGAAUGAAUAAUCAAUCGAAGAAAGAUCAAAUUUUCAAUGAGCCCUUGUAUACUGGCAUGUCAGAUGCUUUACGCAGCGUCUUUGAAAAGGACUGUGUAGCUUCAAAGCCAUAUCUUGCUGUUUCUGAUGAAGCUGUUCCAGAACCUGCAAAUGUAUCAUCUCCGACUCGAGAAGGUGAAACAGAAGAUAACCCGACCUCUCCAAUUCCACAAUCUACGGUUCCUGUUUCUACUAUUCCAGACACUACAGUUCAUCUGUCUCCAGGUCAGCAAACUGAAGAUGUCCAAGAAUUUGCAAAUCCUCAAUCUGCACAGGCAGAAUCUGUGGCACCAGAAGCACAAUCUCCUCAGACAUUUAACAAUGAUGACAUGGGAGUCGAACAUUUAAGGGAUGGUGGUUACCCUGAGUUCAUGCCGUCUCCACCUCCAAGAUUUUCACCUUCGAGAAUCGAUGACUUCGCCACUCAGCCUGAAAUUCUGGAGCCAGAGUCUUAUAGGACAGAGCCUUCGACUUCCACAUAUCCAGAGGAUCAGACUGGACUAAGGAGCUCGGGGAUUUCAGCUAUUCCUGAAAUGGCGGACGAGGAACUUUCUUUCUUGGAGGUAGGUGGCAAUACCCCAUUGAGAUCACCAGAUAGUCAAGAUUCUGAUGCUUUGACAGGGAGAACGAGAGCCUUGGCUCAGUUUCUUAAAGAACGUUCUUCAGGUAGUCCCAGUUCAAGAUAUUCUUCUGGAGAUCUAAGUUUGAGCAAGAUCUUGGCAGGAAAGACAAGGAAGCUAGCUGCUCGAAUGUUCUUCGAGACACUGGUAUUGAAGUCUAGAGGACUUAUAAAUGUGCAACAAGACCAACCCUACGGUGACAUCGCUCUGACGUUGAUGCCUGCCAUUUUUUCAAAAAAUUAACUAGGAAUAUCCAAAGCUAGCU